UGCAACCGGUCAUAGAAGAGGAACCACCUUGUUUUUUCCGACUUGGGGUAACGCUUUUUGAAAUCAGAAGAAACGUUGAUGCUGUUGCGCAACCCUUCGUGGACAGCGUCGUUGCUAUCAGCCACCACAAGAAGGCUCUACAACCACCGCUUUUCGACAUCUUCGUUCAUGGCGUCUUCAGCUUUGGACUGCAGUUUGCUGGUUUUGUGUGGGAAAUCAUUGGCAGAGAAUGAAACUGCCAAAGCUAUAAAAACCAGUAACACUCUCAAGCUCCCCGAGAAUGGAGAAUACUCCCUCGUUUUGCAUUCGCAGCUAGAUAAAGCUGUUAUGCAACGGUCUUUUAAAAUUCACUCCUUUAUGGAUUCUCUUUCCACCAAUCAAUUUGGCAGGCUUCUCAUCUGGUCCCCUCAGUUAACUUCAACACAAGAUAUCGUUUCACAAAACUUUUGUGAGCUUCCCAUUGGUUCAGUUUGUGUCGCUGAUGUUCAGACCAAGGGACGAGGUCGGUCUAAGAAUGUCUGGGAAUCUCCAUCGGGUUGCCUUAUGUUUUCUUUUACUUUGCAAAUGGAGGAUGGACGAGUCGUUCCUUUAGUUCAGUAUGUGGUUUCCCUUGCUAUGACAGAGGCAGUGAAGGAUAUCUGUUACAAAAAUGGGUUACCCAGCAUAGAUGUUAAAAUCAAGUGGCCAAAUGAUCUUUACUUAAAUGGCUCUAAAGUUGGAGGCAUUCUUUGCACCUCGACAUAUAAAUCAAAGAAGUUCAACGUUACUGCAGGAAUAGGCUUGAAUGUUAUUAAUGAGAAGCCAACAACGUCCUUAAAUACAGUUCUAAAAGAGUUGUCUACAGGAGCUUACCAAUUUCAAAGAGAAGAUAUUCUAGCAGCCUUUUUUAACAAAUUUGAGGAGUUUUAUGGUUUAUUUGUGAAUCAAGGAUUUCAGACCCUAGAGGAGCUCUAUAUUAAGACAUGGUUGCACAGUGGACAGAGAGUUGUUGUACAAGAAAAGAAUGGGGAUAAAGUGAUCGAGCACGUCGUAACUAUUCAGGGUUUGACAUCAUCUGGAUAUUUAUUAGCUGUCGGUGAUGACAAUCAAAUGUGUGAGCUCCACCCUGAUGGUAAUAGCUUUGACUUUUUCAAAGGACUAGUCAGAAGAAAACUCGACUGAACAAGAUUCCUUGACACAUUUCACAAGAGGCUACAACUUUGUAUAUAUUAUUACGAAGAUUUGUCUUUAGAGCUAAGAAUUUUCCAAUAAACCAUAUUUGUUUAAUGUAUGGUGUCUUCAGAACUUCAGAACUUUUGUACCCUAUUUGUAUUUGUGAUUUUCCGUCAAACUUGUGAUGCGCUUUCCUUGUCCGGUCAAACUAGAUCUUUCUAUACAUCAUGGCACGUAAAAAAAUAUCAUGCAGUUGCAACCAAAAUAGUAACUUUUUUUUCUUCUCUUAAUAGGGCCUAGUUCAUGAUUGCUUUAGUCAAUCAUUUGUAAGGAGUAUGGUGGUCCUUCAUCGCCAGCUAUGAAAUGAUUUGAAAAAGGAAAAAGAAAAACCGUUUCUAUGAUUCA